UGUUAUGUAGGUUUGAAAACGGAAAGCCAGGUGUAUCGGAUUUGUGUAGAGAAGGAGAUGCUCACAAUGGAGCAAAUAGAGGCAGCCAUGUACCAGAAGAUGAAGAAGUCGGACAGACUAAAUGAGGAGAAAAUGGAAGGAUUCACCAUGGAGGGAGGUCAGAGAGAGCAGAUCCUCCAGUGGUUCGUGGAGACUCAGGCCAUGUUCAUCCUGUCAGACGGAAACUUUCCACCGUGGUUCCAAGGCUUCAUCUCCAGGCAGGAAGCAGAAGAUCAGCUCAGAGACAGGGAUGUUGGAUGCUUCCUUAUCAGACUCAGCGAGAAAGCCAUUGGAUAUAUUCUUUCAUACAAAGGUCAGGAUCGUUGUCGGCAUUUUGUCAUAAAUCAAACGAAGACUGGCCUGUUUGUCGUUUCUGGUGAUUCCACCACUCAUAACAGCCUCGCAGAGCUGAUUGACCACUUUAAAAUCACACCGAUCCAGCCUUUUGGAGAGUACCUGACUUCAUACAGCACUGAGAUGGACGCCGUGGAAGAGGAUGAUGAAAAUGAGCUUUAUGAUGUGGUUCAAAAUACCCCUAUAGUUAAAUCAGGAGUGAGUGUUAAGGCUCUAACAAGUUUAUGGGAACAAGCUACCAGCUACCCACACAACAUGGCUCCUGUCCUGCCUUCUAAAAGCAACCGGAAGCUCACAACCUCCACCUCUAUUGACAGGAACAGCCUGUCUCAGGCAAUGAAAAUCCCACCUCUGCCAAAGAAAAACGCACCACUUCGGAAUUCCUUAAGUGCCAGUCUUCCUGGUACGAAUCCUUCACAUGAACAACACAGCAUUACAGAAUCACGGACAUCUGAGCACUACAGCUCUCAGUUAUGGCCUACCCACAAUGAAAACGAUCAGUCUUUAACUUCCAACUCUUAUAAUCCUAUGCCCUCCAUCCCUCAACAAUCUCCUUCAGCUCCAUUGAUAACAGCCUCCUGUUCUUACGCUGUUCUUGACCCUAAAAAAAUGCAUUCUGGAGCUGGUCGAAUGGCACAAACGGAAGAAACAGAACUACAGCCCAAUCCACUCUACCAGGCCUCAACUGUUGCGUAUGCUGGGCUGAAGAAUCAACCUGAGGUUGAGUACGACAACCGUGCAAAUCCCAAUGCCAACGCCCUUUUGGCAGAAAAUCUUUAUCAAGACGUACCUGAAGAGCGUGACUACAAUACCUAUGAACACAUACCUGAGAGCAACACCUACGAGGACAUCCCAGUGACGGUCAGCAACAUGUACGCAAGCCUAGAUGAGAUUCAGACUCAAACACCGAAUGCGUUGGGGAAGAAGAAUCAUAAGUGGUGGAAACUUCGUCUGGAGAACAAGAAGUGACCGUCAUCAUGAUAUUUGAAGGACGCCACAGUAACCCAUAAGCUGAGAAAAUAAUGUAUUGUAUUAUUGUUUGCAAAUCAUUUAACUUUGUAAUAUUCAUGUUGGACUGUACAUUAUAUAAAUAACUUCAGUGUGGCUUCACAACAUGAUGGAUAUCAUGCAAGGACAUUGGCACAAUGAGUUGAUUAUGAUUUUAAAAAUGUAUUUGAAUAACUACUCUGAUUGUAUCUAUUGUUAUCAUUGCACUUCCUGUUUUCCACUCAAUGCAGUUUCACCUUCGUGUAAAUACAGUCCAGCAGGUCCAUACCAUUUUUUCGAUGCAAUACAUGUCAUUAAUAUCCAGGCCUGCCUCCUUUUGUACCUUCUGGUCAACCCGCCUGCUCCUUCCUUCACUGAAGAUUGAAAACAUGUACACAGGUCAUAAAAAAGGAGAAAAAACAAGCUAAAAUCCUCCACCAGUCUUUU